AUUUAACCAAGCACUGCUUCUCCUGAUUCUACACCGACAGAACUUGCUGCCAUCUCUUCUAAAGCUGUCUACAUGACUACUGAAUCAAGCACCAUGGCACAAAUAGUCCCCAAGAACAAAGCCCCAGGGAUUGAUUUCUGCGGAGUAGAUAAAUAUUAUUACAUUGUCCGCUCAGACCUGGGCUGCUACAUGAGGUCAACCAAUUUCAAUGAGGGCAGUGACCUUGAGGUGUUUACCCUGCAUGAUUCUUGCCGGGGAGGAGAUCACUACAUAGCCCACGAGAAUGACCUGUUCUACAUCAUCAAAGGAGACCACUAUCGCCGUGUCACCAACAUGAAUAAGGACCAGGGUGCUGUAGUAUACACUCUCCAUCCCAACUGCCGUGAGGGAGACCAUUACCUCUCAGCCUUUGGAAACUUCUAUAUCAUUUUCCAGGGCAGAGGUGUUUACCGUCGGGUCACCAAUAUGAAUACAGAUGAAGAUGCAAUUGAAUAUACCCUUCACCCAGCCUGCAGGGAUGGUCUGUAUUACUGGGGCAUCAAGGAUUAUUACUACUUUGUGAAACCUCAUGAUGAAUGGGGCGUCCAGUACUAUAGGUGCACCAACUUUCAUGAAAAUCUGGAUGCUGUUACAUAUUCUUUCCAUGGUGAUGUAGUGAACAUCCUUCCUGGAGGAUUGGCUGUUACCCAUGGCUCAUCCUUUGGUAAGUGGGAGGCUCUCAAGACCAUCUCCAAUGAUUCCAACACUUCCAUUGUAUGGGACAAGAAGAUCACAAAGAAAGUGGGAUACACCAAGCAGAAGAUGAGCAGUGUGGAGCACAACUGGAAGAUAAGCCUGAGUGCCUCCUAUCAGUCAGGAGCCCUAACUGAAGCCAUUGCCAAGUACCAAUUCUCCCUCACUGCCGAAUAUGGUGGGAAGAGUGUCAGCACUGAGCAGGAAGACUGGAGUGAAGCCACAGAGGUUGAAGAAUCCAUUAGUGUGACCCUGCAGCCUGGUGAGAAGAUGUACAUAUGGCACUACCAACUGGGCUUAGGCAAUGAAUCUGUCUUGUUCUGCCGUGACAUGAAGUUUACCAAUAAUUCUACUCCACCUACAGAUAAUCCUUUGCCCCCUUCUAAUAAGCAAUGAAAAAUGUGAGGUCACUCAACAGGCAUGCCCCAGGGCUUCUUCUGUGUUUUAUGAUAUUUUAUAUCAUUGGGGUUAAAAAGACAAUUAGAAUCUGUAGAACUUUCACAGGCUUAGGGGGGAUUUAGCUGAGGGGUAUAGAAAAGCCCAAGAUCAACACAAAGUGAGAUUAACGAUUGUUGGGAUUGUUAUAUACUCUACUGUUUGUACACACAAUAUCCAGCUUGCUACACUAGGCUACAUCAAUGGAAGUAUACCUGUUCAAAGUUAUGUACUGUGCAGGUGGUCCAACUGAAUUCCUUGCAUGCCGUCUAGCUAAACUGUCAUUUCCUAUUGCCCAUGCAUCUUUUUUUACAAAGCCCUGUCUUUAGUUUGCUCUAUAGCUACUGAACUCCUGAAUCUGUCAUUCGUAUAAAAAUAAAAUUUAAUCAGUUAAGUGGGCUGAUCUACAUUUU